AUGUACGAAGUUGCAGCGCGAUUCGAUCUCCCUUCGAUGAGGCUUCUAUGGAUGGAGUGUGCUGACCUCUUUCAAGGGUCCGUGGCCUGCUUCCCUCCCUUUGCUUUUUCCGGGUUGCCGCUUGUGGAUAACAUCGCGCAGGCCGUUGGGCGGCGUCAAAAGCCCGAGCAAGACGAUAAUGAUCAGGCCAUCCGAAAUGCAGUUCCUCCUGGGCUCAACUAUAACAUGAUCAUGUAUAAAGCCCGUACAUUCCUCACCUGCAGGGUUCGACAAGUCAAUGCCUUCAUCAUGCACGUUUCGGGGGUUUUAAAGCAGAAACAAAACCUUGAAAGGCCGGUCAUUCUCCAUCCCAAGUUCCGAGAUUAG